AAAAAAAAGAAGAGAGAGAGAACAAAAUCUGGUAAAGAGAAAAUAAAAAUACAAAAGGAAACCAUAAGCAUCAAUACCUGGAACGUAAAACCCAGACCUCAGAAGCUGCGAGGCAGAGGAAGGCACGUGUGUUUUGGGGUGGCUGCCAGCAGGUGGACUCCAAAAGCCCUUAUAGAAGCAGUGCUUCCUGUGGAGGCAGCCAGAAGAGCAGAGCCCGUGGAGGUGCCUUCCUCCCCGUCGCCCCACGCCGCUCACCCCAGCACCGCUUGCCGGAGUGAGAUGAAGUGGAAGAGGAUCGCCGUCUUUGCCACCCUGCAGGCGCAGCUCCCUGUUACAGAUGCUGUAACAGUUCUUGGACUGACGGACCCCAGGCUCUGCUACAUACUGGAUGGAUUCCUCUUCAUUUACGCAGUCAUCGUGACGGCCCUUUUCGUGAAAGCUAAGCUUACCCAGGCCCAGGACCCACAGCAGCUGCCCGGCCAGGAUGAUGUGUACAAUAAACUGUCUCGUGGGCACAGAGAUGAAUACGAUGUUCUGGGAGCAAAGCGAGGCGCAGACCCUGAGAUGGGCGGGAGACACGAGCAGAGAAGAAAGAACCCCCAGGACACCGUCUACAGUGCGCUGCAGAAGGACAAGAUGGGCGAUGCAUACAGCGAAAUUGGAAAGAAAGGAGACCAUCAGAGGCGGCGAGGGAAAGGGAACGAUGCUGUUUACCAGGGGCUCAGUACAGCGACCAAGGACACCUAUGACGCUCUCCAAAUGCAGCCUUUGCCACCCCGCUAAGCAGGAGUCACAGAGGAGAUGGGCAAGAGCAAGAGAUGCCCACAUGCUCUGGGGAAGGAGUGAAGACCUUUUUCAUCCAAAACAAGCACCAUGUAUUUUCCUAGUGCAGCGAUCUACUUUGGUUGGUGCACAGAGGGAGUAUGUCUGGACUUGGUCAGUUCCUUCUCCCUUCCCUCUUGAAUCAUGCAACUGCGAGCUUUAGCUAUUAAAAUGUACAUAUCUGUAAAGUUAUUUCCAAUAAUAGUAGCUAAUAGGCUGAUUUUUGUAAGAUUUGUGUUGUAGGACCCUACCGUACCUAUCGCAGCUCUUUCUGUAGCUCUUACUUACCUUCCAGGGCUAUCAAGUCAUGUAAUUGCAGUUUCGAUGCAUUUAAAGACCCUUGUAAAGAUAAGGCUGUGGUUAUUUCCUGCAGUGUUUAUCUUAAGAACAUUUGACAAGGGCCAGCUAAACUUUCUGCUUUAAAUUUACCGUUUAAAAACUGCUGCAGUGGCAGGACAAAUUUUUUUCUUUAACUGUGAAAAGCGAUGCAAUGUUACCGUAGUGAAGGACAGAGGCUCAGUGCCAGCUCUUCAGUAUGAAGAAAAUCAGUGCUAAGCUCCCACAAAAAUUCAGGUCAUGGCAUCGCCACUCAUGCAGCACCUGGAGGUAAACAAGAGCCGGGUGACCUGCAAGCCGUUGCUCAGGAGGCAGAAGCUACCCCUGCUGCAGUGAAAACAAGGAAGAUGGACUCUGAUUAAGAAAGCAAUACUGGGAAAGCCAGGAAACCUCACCCUCCAGAAUCCCAUCUGGAUGGAGCGUGUGUCUGCCUGACUGCUGCCCCUUCACAUCUGCAACACCUACAACUAUCUCUGCAGAAGUCUCCCCUUGCAAGAAUUUGUGCGCUGAUGCUAAUGUCAGAAAAACAAAGGAAACCAUCUCAUGUCUAGGCAACAGAUUCUUUGUACAAAAGCCCAUGUAAAUGCAGUUUCAAAACCAGUUAAAAUAAUCAGGUUACUUUUAAAAGAUGCAGGUAUCAUUCCAAAAUGGUAACAAUUCAAUCAUGUAAUGCAUUUUUUGAUGAACUAAUAAAGUUAGUGUCAAAGA